CAACAACACAGCAAUUGGCUUUGUCGCUGUUCCAUCCAUUGCUUCUCGUCUUCAUCAGCUCUAUACUCACCUACAACACCAACUCUCCUCGUCACCCACAAUGCCUGCUCCCCGCCAGGUCUUCGUCGCCGUCAUCGGCCCCGGCGGUGUUGGAAAGUGCUUCCUCAACCAGCUGUCGACCGUGACGUCGCGCCUCUCGCAGUCGCCCACCGCGCCCAUCUACCUGUCUCUGAUCCUGCUGGCCCGCAGCAACAAGACCCUGCACAGCCCGACGUACAAGUCGCUCAGCCUCAGCAACUGGGAGGCGGACCUGGCCGCCAGCAACGACGGCGCCAUGACGGCCUCGCAGAUCGCCGACUACCUUGCCGCGGCGCCGCAGAAGGUGGUGCUGGUCGACAACACCAGCAACCAGGACAUCGCCGACAACUACCCGCUGUUCCUGAAGCGCGGCAUCAACAUUGUGACGCCGAACAAGAAGGCCUUCUCGUCGGACUACAGCCUGUGGCAGGCCAUCUACGGGGCGGCGGGCAACGGCACGGGCGCGGGCGGCUUCGUCUUCCACGAGAGCAGCGUCGGCGCCGGCCUGCCCGUGCUGAGCACGCUCAAGGAGCUGGUCGAGACGGGCGACGACGUGCAGCGCAUCGAGGGCGUCUUCUCGGGCACCAUGUCGUUCCUGUUCAACAGCUUCAUGCCCGUCGGCGGCGGAGGCGGCAGCUUCUCGGCCGAGGUCAAGAAGGCCAAGGAGCUGGGCUACACGGAGCCCGACCCGCGCGACGACCUCAACGGCCUCGACGUUGCGCGCAAGCUUACCAUUCUGGCGCGUCUGGCGGGCCUGCCCGUCGAGAACCCCACUAGCUUCCCCGUCCAGAGCCUCAUCCCCAAGGAGCUCGAGUCCUGCGCCAGCGGCGACGAGUUCUUGGCCCGUCUGCCUGAGUUUGAUGGCCAGAUGGAGCAGCUGAAGAAGGAGGCCGAGGCCGAGGGCAAGAUUGUGCGCUUCGUCGGCAGCAUCGACGUCGCGAAGAAGGAGGUCAAGGUCGGCCUUGAGAAGCUCGACCUCUCGCACCCCAUCGCCGGCCUCAAGGGUAGCGACAACAUCAUCAGCUUCUACACGAAGCGCUACGGCACCAACCCGCUCGUCAUCCAGGGCGCUGGUGCCGGCGGCGACGUCACGGCUAUGGGCGUCACGGGCGACAUGAUCAAGGUCUUGCGCGCGCUGCAGCACUAGGCUGAUGCGUGCGUGCGUGCAAAUGCAAAAAAAUUGGAGGGGGUAAUAGCGAUGCGAUGUAAAAACUUGAGGAAGGGGUUUAGAUCUUUGACGUUUAUGGUCGGAUUUGGAUAGCUAGUCUGGUAUGCCACCUACCUAUGCCGAUUCUUGGACGAUAUGCGCGCGAUUGACUGCGUGCGCGCGUGUGUGCGUGCGCGUGGGGAGGGUGCGUGAGUGCUAAGAUGCAGUACUGUGUCUAUCUAUCCUAUUAAAGCUCACCCCCG